AAUAGACAUUCUUAAGAGAGAAAACUUAACGUCAUGUUUUGAUAGAAUAGUGUACGAACGGGAUAAUUAUUUGUUCUAAAAUAUUAAGGAUUGGUGAAUUUUAUGUUGUUUUGAAAUUGAAUUGAUGGAGGAAAAUCGUUCAUGCUAGCUUUAAGAACGUUUGAUAACAAAUAGGAUAAACUUUACUUCAUUUUCAUAGUUACACAUGAAUAUGCAGCUGUUUGGAAUAGUAAAAGUUCUUCUUUUCAUCGUACAUGUAAUUCAUUUGACGAGUUCAACAAAGGAAUUUGAUCGUCUAAAGUCAAUGGUCAAGCAUUUAGAAAAUAGACUUAAUACCGAAGGUGAGUUUAGAGACGAAGAUAUUGCUGAAAUAACAAUUCGACUAGAUGGCAUCGAUAAAGUGUUAAAUGCGACAAUCAGGAAAAAACAGCCCGUAACUUUAGCAACCACAAAAGCUAGUAAGAUUGAUUUUGAAACAGUGGAUACAUUGAAAGAGGAUUUCACGAGACUCAGGACUGCUUUCACAGAGGAAAAGUCUGAGGCUGUAAGGUUCCGACGGGAAAUUCCAAAGAUUGAAAAGAAUUUGAUAUCCCUUAACAAAGACGUUGAAAGUUAUUGCAAAAUCGCUGUCAAUAAUACUGAUCAAUUAUUAACCAACUUUGAGACGGUCAAAUAUGUUUCUGAAGACAAUUUAAUAACGUCUGAAAAUGACCGUAAAGUGUUACAAAGUAUCGCUAAACAGGUUCAGCAGAACACGAAACAAAUUGAAAACCUUGAAACUCUCAUAACUAAUUUAUAUUCGCAUAUGGAAGAUUUAUUAUAUCCUACCUCCUGUCGUUCGUUUGCAGCAGUCAAUGGAGUAAACAAAUUACGACAAGGUUUCGAAAUUUACUGUGACCAAACAACAACUGGUGGUGGCUGGAUAGUAUUUCAAAGAAGACUGAAUGGUAAAACAGAUUUUUAUCGUACCUGGGCUGAAUAUAAAAACGGCUUUGGUGAUCUAAAUGGUGAGUUCUGGCUCGGCAAUGAAUAUUUGAGUCUACUGACAUCAAAUGGCGUACACGAACUUCGGAUAGAGAUUGAAGAUUUUGAGGGAAACAGUGCAUAUGCUAAGUACAGUCAGUUUAAGAUAUAUCCUGAAGAAAACAAUUACAAACUGGAAGUGAGCGGAUACAAUGGAACUGCAGAAGAUUCUCUUGACUAUCAUAAUGGAAUGAUGUUCACAACGUAUGACAGAGACCAUGAUAAAUGGUCGUCAAAUUGUGCGGAACGUUGGCAUGGUGCGUGGUGGUAUAAUGGUUGCUUCCAUGCCAAUCUCAAUGGACAGUAUCAUAACCAGCCUGGUAAUUUAGACGGUACUUUAAUUAAUUGGUAUCUUUGGAAGAAAAAAUACUACAAUUUGAAAAAAGUAGAAAUGAAAUUCCGUUGACUUGUUAAACUAUGAUUAUUCAUUGUCAUCGUUAUAAAACUGAUGAAAUAAUAAGUGUAGUUUUGCGUUAUAGAUGUAAACGGUAAAGAAACUUGGACUACGAUAGCUGAUGAAGGAAUAUACACUGAACGAUUCACUAUCAGGCUGAUUCGUUAAUGCGAAUGUUACCCGACAUAACAUAGUGCCCCAAAAUGUUUUGUAUUAUAAUUAAUAUUAUACUUUUACGCUUAUAUAAUAUGUUAUUUUUAUUUUCAUUCGGAAUGAUAAUAAGAAAGACAAACUGUGACUUUAGCUGCAACAUUUUCAAUUUUGUUGUGUUGGACUUUC